CCUUCCAUGUCAUCCUUCCAAGUCUUUGAUGCCAAUGCCGAGAGGCAAAGCCCGACAUUCGCGGACUUUACCCACACUUUUGUCCUGUACAGCACGACACAUACGGAGCAGUCACUCUCCGAAAUUCCAAAGGCUCUAGCCCUCAAUGUCUCGAGAAAGCGCCGCGUACAUAAUAAAUCUAGAAAAGGGUGUGAGAACUGCAGAAGGCGACGAGUAAAGUGCAAUGAAGACGACCCUUGUGAGAACUGCACCAGAAGGGGUGACACUUGCAUAGCUUCUGCAAAUUUGAAUGCCAAUGGAAGAUCUUAUCCAGCACUCUCGCAGACUCUUCCAAAUUCAAUCUCAGAUAAUGCCAUGGUGAACCUGCACCACACGAAACUAUUUCACCAUUUCGAAUCAUCUACUCAUAAAACGCUUUUGAUCGACCCUGAUGUAUGGAAAAAGGUACUUCAGCUUUCCUUCCAGUUUGAGUAUUUGAUGAAUACCAUCCUUUGUGUGGCUGCUCGGCAUCUUUCCCUACUGCAGCCUGAUAACAUUGAGCACUCGGCGACGGCAGCUCAGCAUUUGUGCCGAGCCUUGUCGCUCUUUCAAUAUCAGCUAUCUACGAAUUUUACUUCAACUCAUAUCGACGCCUUCAUCGCAACCACGCUGUUACUUCUGUAUGAAGUAUGGUCCCAACCCGACCCUCUUGCAUCCGACCACAGCCCUGUAUCAGCAUAUGAAUCAAAAGACAAUCACCAUGUUCAUGAUAUCUCCUGCCCAAUAGAAGGUGGUUAUGUGCCAGCAAUCGGUCGACUCUGCCUUAUUCUGGCAUUUUUACCUGGACCGGGGCAGCCGCAGCCAGACCCUGAUGAAGGACCUCUACUUUCAGAUCUAGCGAGGUGUAUUUUUAUGUUUCCAGUAUCAUGUCACGGGGCGUUUGCAUCGAUGGUCCAGGAGAGCGAUCCGCAUGCUCUGCUUGUUUUGUACCACUUCUAUCGCGCUACAAGAAUUCUCCUUUGCUCGAGCGAGUACUGGUGGGCCCAUGGCCACGCCAGCAGAUCUGAAAAAUGGCUGAAGAAUUAUCUAACUCAGUUAAUCACCAACUGA